AAGCUUGUCUUUGGCUCUGGAUUGCCGAACGUUGUUUCGGACGCGCUGCUGGUUAUUUAUCGAUGGAAACCUAUAAAAUACAGUGCUUAACAAUUUCCCUCCUCAUGAGAUUUUCCGUUACGGCUGAUCAUACCGUGCCCGUUAUCAUGUGGUCGUCAGCGAAGGCAUUGUGGAAAACAGUGAAUAUUCCACAUCAAGAGCACAAUGGAUCACACAAAGAAACCCUGGAGCUGUUCAGGUACCUCAGUCCUGUAGUCAACAGAGGUCCAAAGAAUGUAAUACUUCUCUGGCAAGACAAGCUGAACAUCCAUGAUAUUAUCACUGUGGAUGGCAAGUUGGCUCACGCAUUUUCAAAUAUUCAGAAUGCCCUGGAUUCCUCUCCAUCGUCCAUUAUCUUACCAGCUGUAAACCAGCAUUGGACAAAUCAGCUUCCAAGAUAUCUUCAACAGAAACUUGGAGAAAACCCAAUACUUGUGAACUACUUACCAUUUUGGAAUCCAGAACUGAACAGCACAAAAUCAUCUCUAUUAAUAGUGAAGUUAUCAUCAAAACACAGACCUGCAAUGGUACCAGACACCAAAUUCCUCACUGAUAACGCAGGGGACAUCGAUGGGAUUUUUCCAGCUGGAGUUAGUGGACUUAGACUUUCAGAUGUCAUUAAAUUGGUCAUCAAUGCCUUAAAAGCAAACAGUAUUCCCUACACAGCUAUUUUCACAGCUGGCAGGAGUUCACAGGUCAUUAGACUUGCUUUCAAUGAUGUAAUGAAUACAGGUAGACAGCUCCUACAAGUCCCAACCUGGAACCAGUAUCCUCCCAUAAAUGUCACAGAUGGUGAAAUCCCCUGCAUUCUCUUCAUAGCUAAGAAGGUAACACUCCGAAUUGGAGACCAGCCUGAGAUAGAUUUGACAAACAGAACUUUUGGGAGCACUGCUAAAAUUAAUACCAGGGAUUCAACAUGUACUGCAGAUAAAGCUACGCUUUCCUUGAACUAUGGUGAUGUUGGAAAUCUAAAGCAACUUGUCAUUCGGUUUGAAAUGUCAAAUAAUUAUCACAGAACUUCUGUUCAGAAGUGGUUUAGCCUGGAUUUUGUGCAGAUCUUCCACAACAAUUCAUUACAAGCAGCGUUCAAUGCAUCUGAAAUUUACGCUCCAGUUACACAUUCAUAUCACUGUCAAUACAUCAGUAGUCUGCAGAAACAUGAAGCGCUACUCGUGUCCAGAUCUCAAGGAGACAUGACAAGAUUGUGGCAUAUUACCUUUGUGGAGUUUCAGAUUCAAGGCUUUAAUAUUAAAGCAGGACAGUUUGCUUCAGCAAGAGACUGUGCCUCAUUCUUUACACCAGCUGUCUUGAUGGGCCUACUAAUUUCUCUCAUUCUUGUGCUAGUCCUUGCUUAUUCAGGGCAUAUGUUGGUCCAUUUAAAAAGGAUGGAAGAGUACAAUUAAUGCAAAAGCACUGUUUACAGCCCUAAGACAGAAGAAGCACAUAAUGCAGAAUAAUCUCCACUAAGACUUCCAUCAAAAUUUGCAAUCUCUUUAGCCUUCAUUUUCCUCACCUGUAUUACCUUUCAUCUCAUCAAAAUGUGCUAGGUUUAUAUCUUGAGACUUUUUCUUGCAUCCACCUUAAGCAAGCAAGAAUGUUACUUAAUAUAGUCCAACAUAUCAAUUCCUAUCAUUUCUAGCAUAUAUGGUAUGAUAUGUAAAGCAUGCCGAAAGAAGUGGGUGCUAGAUAGCAGUUAAUAAGCUAAAGGUCAUGCAUGGGCAGUGUAAUAUAAAAAAAUGGUAUAUUUUUCAUUUUAAUACUUCGAUUGCCAUGAGCCUUGGGUCAAUCUAUGUGUAAUGUUACCUUAGCACCACCACAGGCAUCAAAACAGUUUCCCAGUUAUAAAUACCAUGUAUAACAUGAUGAGAGGCAAAUACAGCCCUACAGAGAGACCAAACAGGCUAUGAGAUUUUUUUCACCAAUUCACUACUUAGAAGUUAGAAGUAGAAACCUUGAGUAUUUUUUGUUUAACGUAGCCCAUGCACAAAGAAACAAGGAAAGCCAACUUGGCAAGGACGGGAACAAACUCUAAUUGUUGUUGCUUUAUUACUUACUAAAUGCAUAAGCCAGGACAAUUUCUUUUGGUUGAAAAUAGCAAAAUGUAAUUGAAGAUUUGUGAUAAAGCAUUUUCAAUUACUGCAAAGAUUAAUUUGGAAUAUCACUUCAGGCAUCAAAUUUAGGGUUCUCACAUUGUUGAUCAGCAAUCCUUGCUUUUGUGGUCCUAUCAUUCAUAAAAAAAAAUCCAAGAAGAAAGAAAACAAUGACAAGAUUGCACAAAACUUUCUUCCUAGCCAAUAACUGUGGAUGCUGGAAGCUGGAAACUGUUGAAGAUGUUAACAGAUCUGGCAGCGUCUGUAGAGAGAAAGCUGCUGAGCUUUUCCAGCAAUUUCUGAUUUUGUUCCUUCUUAACUCCUAUUAGCUGCCCAUUUCUGAACGAUUGUCUCCACUUGUGUUGUCUCUCCCUUAAAUCUGUUAUCAUCAUCUUUCUAAAUAUAAACCAAUCCUUUAUUCUUGUAUUCUACAAACAGACCAUCUCCAACCCAUUUUUCCUCUCCAUGGGAUAUUGUUUUCCAAACAUGUCCCAUCCUCCCAGAACACUUUAUCUGAAUCACUUCAACCAUGAUAAUGGACAUUUGAACAUAGAACAUAGAAGAGUACAGCACAAUACAGGCCCUUUGACCCACGAUGUUGUGCCUGCCUAUUAUCCCCUACAUGUUACUAUCCUCCAUGUGCCUAUCCAAGAGUCACUUAAAAGUCUCUAAAGUAUCUGACUUCACUACCACUGCUGGCAGCGCAUUCCACAUGCCCACCACUCUGUGUGAAGAACCUACCUCUAACAUCUCCCUUGUACCUUCCUCCAAUCUCCUUAAAUAUAUGCCCCCUCAUAAUAGUCAUUUCCACCCAGGGAAAAAAAUCUGACUAUCCAGUCUAUCUAUGCCUCUCAUCAUCUUGUAUACCUCUAUCAAGUCACCUAUCAUCCUUCUUCACUCCAAUGAAAAAAGCCUUAACUCUCUCAACCUUUCCUUGUUAAGACUUGCCCUCCAGUCCAGGCAGCAUCCUGGUAAAUCUCCUCUGCACCCUCUCAAAAGCUUCCACAUCUUUCCUACAAUGAGGUGACCAGAAUGGAACACAAUAUUCCAAGUGUGGUCUCAUCAGAGCUUUACAGAGCUGCAGCAUAACCUCACAGCUCUUAAACUCAAUUCCCCUGCCAAUGAAAGCCAACACAGCAUAUGCCUUCUUUACAACCCUAUCAAUUUGUGUAGCAACUUUGAGGGAUCUAUGGGCGUGUACACCAAGAUCUCUCUGUUCCUCCACACAGCCGAGAAUCCUGCCAUUAACCCUGUAUUCUACAUUCAAAUUCAACCUUCCAAAAUGAGUCACUUCAUACUUUUCUGGGUUGAAUUCCAUCUGUCACUUCUUUGCCCAGCUCUGCUUCCUGUCGAUGUCCCAUUGCAACCCACAACAGCCCUCCAUGCUGUCCACAACUCCACCAACCUUCAUGUCAUCGGCAAACUUACUAGCCGAUCCUUCCACUUCCUCAUCCAUGUCAUUUAUAAAGAUCACAAAGAGCAGAGGUCCCAGAACGGAUCCCUGUGGAACACCACUGGUCACCAGGCUCCAGGCUGAAUACUUUCCAUCUACUACCACCCUCGGUCUUCUAUUAGACAGCCAGUUUUGUAUCCAGACAGCCAAAUUUCCCUGAAUCCCAUGCUCUUUACUUUCUGAAUGAGCCUACCAUGGGAAACAUUAUAAAACGCCUUGCUAAAAUACAUAUACACCACAUCCACUGCUCUACCUUCAUCAAUGUGUUUUGCCAUAUCCUCAAAGAAUUCAAUAAUGCUUGUGAGGCAUGACCUGCCCCUCACAAAGCCAUGCUGACUAUUUCUAAUCAAACUGUGCUUUUCCAAAUAAUCAUAAAUACUAUCUCUCAGCAUCCUCUCCAGUAAUUUGCCCAUCACAGAAGUAAGACUGACUGGUCUGUAGUUUCCAGGAUUAUCCCUAUUCCCUUUCUUGAAUAUAGCGAUAACAUAUGCUACCCUCCAAUCUUCUGGUAUUACUCCAGUGGACAGUGAGAAUGCAAAGAUAAUUGCCAAAGGGGCAGCAAUCUCUUCCCUUGCUUCCCAUAGUAAUCUUGGGUAUAGCCCAUCUGGCCCAGGGACUUUUCUAUCCUCAUGUUUUUCAAAAUUUCUAGCACAUCCUCCUUCCUGACAUCAACCUGUUCGAGCAUAUCUACCUGUUUCAUGUUAUCCUCACAAACAUCAAGGAACCUCUCACUGGUGAAUACUGAAGCAAAGUAUUCAUUAAGGACCUCUCCUACCUCCUCUGACAAGUUCCCUCCACUAUCCCUAACUGGCCCUACCUUUACUUGGCUAUCCUCUUGUUCCUCACAUUAGUAUAGAAAGCCUUUCUGCAGCUGUGAUACCUUCCCUGAUUAGCAAUGCCACUCCCCCACCUCUUUUACCUCCCUCCCUAUUUCUUUUGAAACAUCUAUACCCCGGAACAUCCAACAACCAUUCCAGCCCCUGUAUUAUCCAAGUCUCCGUUAUGGCCACAUCAUAGUUCCAACUGCUGAUCCAUGCUGUAAGCUUGUCACCUUUAUUCCUGACACUUGUAUUGAAGUAGAGACACCUCAACCUGUCGCACUGACUGCCACUUUGCCCCAUCAACAGCUUAUCCUUCCUCACAGAUUGUCUGCUUGUUCUAUCUGUCUGAACACUGGCUACUCCAUCGUCUGUUCUGUAACUUGUUCAAAUUAACAUUCAAACAGAAUACUUAUUAAGUUCUUGUC